AUGCAAACAAUCACAUAUUCACGCGUCGGCGACCUGGAGAUCAAGCUCGACAUCACGCUGCCUCCGUCACCGAUAAUUGGAACCUUGCCAGGCGUCGUGCAUAUCCAUGGAGGCGGUAUGACGACGGGUUCUCGGUCGGGCAUCGACUGUUUUCAAUGGUUGAAAGACUCAACGCUGUCGAAGGGCAUGAUCUUCAUGUCCGCAGACUACCGCCUCAUAUACCCGUCUACGGGACUCGACAUCAUCGAGGACAUGAAGGCACUCAUGAAGUUCCUCGCUGACCCUUCCUUCUCCGAGAUAUACCUACCCGCCGGUAUCUAUCUCGACAAUAGCCGUAUCGGCGUAGUUGGGGUGUCUGGCGGCGGCUACGCCGCACGCGCCCUAGCGAUCUACGGCGAGCCCAAGCCCAAGGCGGUAUACCUCCUCUACGGCAUGGGUGGUGACUUCAUCUGCGACCAUUGGGUCGCCGACAAGGGCGAUGCGAUGUUCGGGCGCGUUCCUCCCCCACCACGCGCAACGCUCGCGCACCUCCUCGACGCGACCAGUGUGCCGCCGACGUCGGGCUGCACGCUGCAGAUGGACCACGACUGUUUCGCCGACGAGCAGCGUCGCAUCGGGCUCUUUUCGUACUGGUGGAGCACCGGCGAGCUUCUCGACCACGUCCUCGGCGAGCCCGUCUCCGCCAUGCUGCGCGCGCUGCCCUACGCUGAGCGCGCUGUGGCCCUGCCCGAGCGGCUCCGCCCCGCUCUGCUGGAGACGCAGAUCGACGCGUCGUUCCCACCGACGUUCCUGCUGCAUGGCGGUAAUGAUGCCACGGUGCCCUUGUCUGAGUCGCAGAAGACGUACGAUCGCUUGCGCGAGUUCGGGGUGAAGGCGGAGCUGGAGAUCGUUCCAGGAGGGGAGCAUGCUCUGAUGGCGAAGGCGUGGCCCCUUGAGUUCUGCGCCGGGGCGGAUGAGGCGCAUGAGAAGGGUAUGCGGUUCCUGGCGAGAGAACUGUUUGAGGAUACAACAGGCACUCCUCAGUAA